AUGAGAAAGAAUCCGCGGAACCGGAUCCCGACGGGCCGCCAGAUUGCACAUCGAUUCUAUCGCGGUCGGGGUUGCUUCGGACCACCAUCUACGCCUCCAGCUCAUCAUGUCGGCACCACCAAAAGGUUACUACGUCCCCGCCGUUCUCUUCUACGAUGACAAGGAGGAAUUCGACGUAUCCGCAAUCCAGGCACACGUCCUGCGUCUAGCUCAAGGCGGUGUUACUGGUAUCUUGGUUCAGGGAAGCAACGGGGAAGCCCAGUACUUGACGCGCGAGGAGCGGAAGACCGCGAUCGCGCUGACACGGAAGACCCUCGACGACAAUGGUUUUCAGAACACACUUGUGAUCGCCGGUACUGGCGCCCAGUCUACCCGCGAGACAAUCCAGUUCUGCGUGGAUGCGAAGGAGUCCGGCGCAAGUCACGCAUUGGUGCUCACUUCGUCCACCUGGCCGCCCCAAAUGACCCCGGACAACAUCAUCCGCUUCCACACCGCUGUCGCCGACGCCUCUCCCAUCCCCAUCAUGAUCUACAACUUCCCCACCGUCACCGCCGGCAUCGACCUCGACUCGGACGUGAUCGGCGCGCUCGCCGCCCACCCCAACAUCGUCGGCACAAAGCUCUCGUGCGGCAGCAUCGGCAAGCUCCACCGCCUCGCCUCCUCCUUCCCCGCAUCCGAGUUCGCCACCUUUGCCGGCAAGUCCGAAUUCUUCGUGCAGGGAUUGCUCUCCGGGGGCGCUGGGGGCAUCACCGCGCUCGUGAACGUCAUCCCGAAGGUGCACGGGAAGGCGUUUGCGCUGUGGAAGGAGGGGAAGCUCGAAGAGGCGCUGGUGCUGCAGGCGAAAAUGGGGCACGCGGACUGGGCGGUGUCGAAAUUGGGGGGCAUUGGUGGUGUGAAGGCGGUGGUGACGCAGGCGUUUGGGUAUGGCGCGCCGAAUGUGCGCAGCCCGCUGAAGUCGGUGAAUCCGGCGAGCUUGCAAGAGAACAAGUAUUUCAAGACGUUGCAAGAGAUGAUUGAGCUGGAGAAGUCGUUAUAGUUGGGAAAGGAUCAAAUGGGGAUGCGACGUACCUGGAAACCAGCAAGGCUUGACGAUGUAGUUUUGUAUAGUAAUUGUACACCAGGGGCCAGUGGGCUGUGUAUAAUGAGCCCCCAGUCAGGAGGAAAAGUCGAGCACAUACCGAAAGUCGUGAACGUAGGAUUUCGCAAAUAAAUUGCCUUGGGGCAUCUUGACUUGG